GUUUUCGGUUGGUACACCUUAAACUGAAUUUAAUCUGUUUUCUGUUUUAUUGUACGCAUGACAGAUGCGGUCAGAAAAUUUUUCAGUUUGUAUUGAAAAGAUAUUAAUUCCAGAUUUAAUAGGUAUAACCUUGUAAAUUACCUAAAAUAAUUAAUGAUGCGUCGUAAGAGCACUAGAGGUGGCAAAAAAUCGCCAGUAAAGACCGAGCCAUCGAAAAAUGGACGCCGCAGCACAAGAAACGCUCGCCGUUCGGUGUCCAAGUCGGACGACGAGAGCGAAACGGAAGUUCCUCAAGAUGUCGAAGAAACUAAAAGUACACAGUCCGAUUACGAGUCGGACGAAGGCAAAAGUGAAGUGACAACGUCUAGGAGAUCAGCGAGAAGCAAGAGACCUUACUUAAAAUACACUGAAUCAUCAGAUGAGGAGUCUACAACCUCCACUAAGUCAAAAGGUAGGAGAUCCGCGUCAGUUAAGUCGGCAGACGUCGACUUUGACGGCCCGGAAGGGGGCACUAAGUCCCGCAGGGGCAGGAAGUCAAAGAAAUCUGAGACUGAACCAGCUACGCCUAGUGUUAAAAGAACAAGGGGGCGGGGACGCAUAUCCCCAUUAAGAGAGGAGUCUGAUAAUGAGGAAAACAAGGAGGAGGGAAAAGGUAAGUCUAAAAGUAAAAAAUCAGACAUGUCUUCAAAUAUCCAACCGGAAACAGAAACAUAUAGUGAAAUUUCCACGCAGGUGACGCCUCAGUCACCCUCUAGUGUACAUUGUACAAAUAUUGAAAGUGAACAAAGUGAAUGUCAGCCAGAAAAAAUUGAAUGUGACAUAGAGAAAAGUAAAGAUGAAGAUAAAGAGACAAUUGUAAAGAGUGAUAGUGAAGAAAAAUCUAAACACAAAGAACCAGCUACAGAUUCUGUUGAUUCAGAAAGCAAUAUUGAAUCAUCUGAGGUUUCACAAGAAACAACAUAUGAUCAAGGUGAUAAUUCAUCAGAUAAAAAAUCUGAAACUGAGUCAGUUAUUGUUGAAAAAUCUCUCAUACCUGCCAAUGAUGACAAAUCAGAAAGUAAUAAUUCAUCAACCCAAGAUGAAACAGCAAAUCCAGAACAAGAUGAAACAGAAAAUGUAUGUGAGGAACCACAUACUCCUCUUGACAAUGGGGAACCUAAAAAUGAUCAGUUACCAAAGGUGCAAGAAGAGCAGGUGAUUGAACCUGAGUUACCUAAGGAGCAAGAAAAAUCCCCAGUUGAGCCUGUUUCUGAAUCACCAGUUGAGCCUGUUUCUGAAUCACCAGUUGAGCCUGUUUCUGAAUCAGCAGUUAAGCCUGUAACUGAAUCAGCAGUUAAGCCUGUAACUGAAUCAGCAGUUGAGCCAGUUUCUGAAUCAGCAGUUGAGCCAGUUUCUGAGUCAGCUGUUGAGCCAGUUUCUGAAUCAAAGAGUGAAGAAAAAGUUGUAUCACAAGAAGAAACCACAACAGACAGUGGUGUAACUAAACCCAGUGAGCAGGUUUCUGAAACUCCUUCAGAACCAAAAGACACUGAAGUAACCACACCAGAGCCAGCAGAAACGAAGCAGCAAGUACCAGAUGAAGCAAAUGUAGAGGCAACUGAACCUGAUCAGCAAAACGAGGCGCCCAAUUCAAGUCAUGAAGAAGUUGAAGUGAAAAAUGAGGCUGAAACGGGCGCAGUUAAAGAUAAACUAUCUGACACAAAAGACAAAGAUGUUCCUAAGACUGAAAAACCUUCAGAAGUUCCUGCGAAAGUUGAGCUUACCAGGAAAAGGAAAUCUGAGGAACUCCAAGAGGCGCCUCAAGCAGACAAGCCUAAGAAGGUCGCCAAAAAAAUUAAGCUGGUCCGCAAGACUAUCGAUUCCACUGCCUCUGACGAAUCAAAGGAGCAGACACCUGAAGAGGGGACGAACGUGAAACGUUUUAAAUGGAACCACGUGGACUUGUCCAAAGUAAAACCGACAGAAAUCCAAAGAUUAGAUGUGGUGUCACUCAAAGAGGUGUGCCCAGACUUGGAAUUUGUUAAUGAGAGUGACCUGCAGUUGGAGCCUGUCUCCAGGCGAGACAGUCAACAUUCCGAAGGUCGGUCGAGGAAGAUCAGCGAGAGGCGGGAAUCCGAUCAAAAAUCCGAUUCGUCCGAGAAAUACAUCGUGGAAGCUGAGAGUGAGGAGGUCAAUGGGGCUGAGUCAAUAGUAGUGGACAAGAAUAUAAUAGCGAUGAACAGGAAAAUUAGCAUUGUGGAUGACACGGCGAGUAAACUGAAACCGCCGCCGAGUCCGGCCAAAAAUCCACCCAGCGAAGUCUUGUACAUCUCCAAUUUGGUCAGGCCCUUCACGUUGAAGGCUCUCAAGGAGCUGCUGGAGCGUACGGGCAAGAUUGUCGAGGAGAAGGGCUUUUGGACUGAUAAAAUUAAGUCUAAGUGCAUCGUUCGAUAUGAAAAACAAGAAGACGCAGAGGCAACUAGGAACGCGUUGCAUGGCGUACAUUGGCCGAUAGGCAAUGGUAAAAAAUUGAUAAUCGAAUAUUCAACUGUGGAAGAACUGGAGAAGUCAUUGAAUCCUCCAGCGAUACCAGUAUCAGUGCCUGAAAAGGAAAAUAAGGAGCCACAAGAGGAAGUCAAGUCAAAAGAUCACGACAAAGAUCGAGAUGAGGAGAAGAGGAGGAAAAGUCGUGAAGAGCAUGUUCGAGAACGAGACUCUGGCAAGCAGGAGCGUAAGAGUUCACGCAGCAGAGAAAGAAGACAUAGCAAACGAUCUGCCAGCCCUCAUGACAACUACACGAGCAGAAAACAUCAAAAAAGCGAAGAAGAACCGUUCCAAAUGAAGCUAAUGGAUGAUCUGUUCCUUAAAACAAAGACGACACCCAGUAUCUAUUGGCAACCCCUCUCUCCUGAAGAGAUAUCAAUGAAGCAACAACAGCGGCAAAUUAGAAUGGAAGAGCACAAACGCCGCAUGGAAGAAAACCAGAAUAACCGAGAGAGAAUCGGAAGAGACCGAAGGGGAGGCGGUUCCUCCUACCGACGUCGUUAUUAACUUUUACUCACGUCAUUUGUGACAAUUUACAUUCAUUAUUUCAGGCUUUCCACCUUUCCCAAACACAUCUCACCACAGUGUGAUUGGUUUUUAAUUUGCAUGUGAGCUUUUCUCCCCCAGUAGUUAUCCCGAUCAUUCUUUUUUAUUUUCAGAGCCUUUUAACCGUUUAAUUUUGGAUAGUUUUCCAUUCUCUUGGUGUGAAUGGCGAAGGAUGUUUUGUGGUGUUCCUAAUUUUUAGAAUGCGCAGAUCCAAAAACGUUUAGUUACAGGAUUUUUGAAGCGGAGGUGUUUUACGUAUUCGGACCAGUGCUGCAGUUUUGUUUAAAACGUAAAUCUUGAUGCUGGUGUCUCGUCGCAUCGAUAAAUUAGAAUUGUAAUAUACUAUAAGUAUUAAAUCAGUUUACAAAUUCCACAAA